AAUUCAUUUCCGGAAAUUACCGAAGAUUGACAGCUUUGAAAUCCGUCUCUUUCAUCUUGUUCAAAACAAAACAUUUUACUGGGACGAUGUGGUAGUUGGUAUCUCGUUGGUUUGGAAGAAAUUCUGUGUUAAAUUGUGUAUUAGUUUAUCGAUUUUAUGCAACAAUAUAGCGCAAUUGGCGUUACAAGAUGGCUAUGGAGCUAAGUAUUUUGACGCUCAACAUUUGGGGUAUUCCGUACGUGUCCAAGGAUCGGGAGGUACGAGUGAAGGCUAUCGGAGAUGUGCUCGCCAGCGGUAACUACGAUAUCGUGUCGCUGCAGGAAGUGUGGUCAGACAGUGACUAUCAGUAUUUGAAGCAGCGGGUGGAAAAUGUGCUUCCGUUUUGCCACUAUUUCUACAGUGGCGUCGUCGGUUCAGGGUUAGCGAUUCUCUCGCGCUAUCCGAUUGUAUCGGCUUUCUUCCAUGCCUGGUCCGUGAACGGGUACAUCCAUCGCAUUCAGCACGGUGACUGGUUCGGUGGGAAAGGGGUCGGCAUGGCCAAGAUCGCCGUAAACGAUCAGCUGGUGCAUGUGUACGUUGCUCAUCUUCAUGCGGAAUACAACCGACAAUGUGACGACUACAUGGCCCAUCGUGUAAUACAAGCGCACGAUACGGCUCAGUUUAUUGAGAGUACGCGCGGACAGUCGGUUCUACAGGUGCUGGCCGGUGAUCUCAAUACAGAACCGGGCGAUCUCGCUUAUCGGGUGCUGGUAACCAGCUCAAAGCUGAAGGAUUCAUACGAUCGCAAAUCGAUCGGUAGCGCCGUUGGUACGAAUGAAUGUCACACGAACAGCUACACCGACGCAACGGCAGCUAAGCAGCAACCGAACGGAAAACGGAUCGACUACGUAAUGUAUCGAAUAGGGGAACAUUAUGAAGGACGAUUGUUGGAACAUCGAUUACCGCUGCCAGAACGAGUACCGGGACAAACGUUCAGCUACUCAGACCACGAGGCUGUGUACGCCAAAUUGAUACUCAAAAAAAGCUCAUCCACUUCAACCAUCCAAAAUUUUAUCGCCUGCAAUAGUGGCAAGGUGCGGGACGACGAAAGCUGCAGUCGUGAAUCGCGAGAGGAAGUCCAACGGGAAGCAGUGCUGGCACUGCGUGAAAGUGUGGCCAUUUGCAACGAAAGUCUAAAACAGCUAGAAUCGCACCGACGCAGCUACACCCUGAUGGCGAUCGGCGUGAUCAUUGUGUUGAUCAACUUGCUCGAACUGCAGGCACCGUACGGUUUGAAGAUAGCAUUUUUGGUGCUUAAAUUUCUGCUCUGUGCCGUCAUCAUAUUCUUCGUCGUGAUGGCCACUAUCUGGAACGUGAUGGAAAAGCACGGCAUACUCGCUGGCAAACUUUCGAUGGAAAUUGCCCUGAAAGGGUACAGCCUCGACGGGGCAGCCACCGGGUACGGUGCGACGAGUGAAAAAUGAAGCACCCGACUGUACAUUUCCAACUCCACUUUAGCGCGUUCGUUUUUUCCCCUCUGUUGCGAACAAAUGACCUUCGAUAAAGCACGCCACACCGAACGAUAGAAGACUGCACACGGCCGACCCGUUGAUGCUGUAACGCACAGACACAGCGCAAGUGCGCACGGCAAAUAGUUUGUUAAAGCAGGAUGAUAUAUAAACAUUCCCCGAAAUAGAAGCCACCCAGCCAGCGCAUGGGAAAACACUGUAA